UCCUCCCCCUUCCUCCCUGCGGACAGGAUGGGGUGGUGGCUGCUGGGUGUGGGGCUGCUGCUCUGCCUGCUGCUUCGCUUCACCCUACGCAGCCCCGCACCCCUUCUCGCCCUGCCCGCACUGCGCGGCCGCACCGCCAUCGUCACCGGGGGAAGCAGUGGUAUCGGGGAGGCUGUGGCACGGGAGCUGGCACGGUGCGGGGCACGCGUGGUGCUGGCAACGCGCAAUGCGCUGCGGGGAGAAGAGGCUGCGUGGCGCAUCCGUAGGGACACGGGGAACCCCGAGGUGCUCUUCAUGCCUCUGGACCUCAGCAGCCUCCACUCAGUGCACGCCUUCGCCACCGCCUUCCUGCAGCAGGAGCCCCACCUGCACCUCCUCAUCAACAACGCCGGAGUGAGCGCCGGGGGCACGACGGAGGACGGUUUCAGCCUGCCAUUCCAGGUGAACUACCUGGGCCACUUCCUGCUGACCCGACUGCUGCUGCAGCGCCUGCAGAGCAGCGCCCCGAGCCGUGUGAUCAUCGUCGCCUCCUCUGCACACUGUGCCGGCCGCCUGCGCAUGGCUGAGCUCGGCCGCCCACCCCCCGGCCCCUUUGCUGCCUUCCAGGAUUACUGUGAUAGCAAGCUGGCCAACGUGCUGCACGCACGGCAGCUGGCAGCACGCCUGCAGGGGACUGGAGUCACUUCCUAUGCCGUGCACCCAGGUAUGGGCAGCUCAGUGCCAAGUGGUUUGCUUGUUGCAUGCUUGCAUGAAGCACGCCUUCACUUGGAGUAUCCCCUUGCACGGUGCUCCUUUGCAUGGUGUUCCCUUUGCAUGCAGCAUCUCUCUGUGCUGUGCAUCUUUUACACAGUUCACCUUUUGCACAGCUUCCCUUUGCAUGAUGCAUCCCACUGCGCUGUGCGUGGAGCACCCCUCUGUGCAGUACACCCUUUGCACAGUUCACCUUCUGCACGGCAUCCUUUUGCAUGCCACAUCCCUUUGUGCGAUGCAUCCCUUUGCACACCACAUCCCUUUGCACAGCCAUCCCUUUGCACACCACAUCCCUUUGCACACCACAUCCCUUUGCACAGCCAUCCCUUUGUCUGA